UAAGGUUGGCGGCAUGAUUGCGCGUCAGAGUGUUCGUCGGGCGCGCGCAGUGGUGCGAAAAACACUGUGCGCGACUGUGCGUGCGUGCGUGCGCGUUCCGCCCGUGGUAUCAGCAAAAAUAUGCAAAAGUAUGAGAAGCUCGAGAAAAUAGGAGAAGGCACUUAUGGCACCGUGUUCAAAGCCAAGAAUCGCGAGACACACGAAAUCGUCGCGCUCAAGCGGGUGAGACUGGACGAUGACGAUGAAGGUGUACCGUCGUCGGCUCUACGGGAGAUCUGUCUACUGAAGGAACUCAAGCAUAAGAAUAUAGUUCGCCUCUAUGACGUGUUGCACAGCGACAAGAAGCUCACCUUGGUGUUUGAGCACUGCGACCAGGAUCUCAAAAAGUACUUUGACAGUCUAAAUGGAGAGAUUGACUUGGAUGUCGUUAAAUCAUUCCUAUAUCAGUUACUAAGAGGAUUAGCAUUCUGUCAUAGCCGGAAUGUUUUGCACAGAGAUCUCAAACCACAGAACUUACUCAUCAAUAAGAACGGGGAGUUGAAGCUUGCCGAUUUCGGAUUAGCAAGGGCUUUUGGUAUUCCUGUAAAAUGUUACUCAGCGGAAGUUGUUACAUUAUGGUACCGUCCCCCGGAUGUUCUUUUCGGAGCAAAAUUAUAUACAACGUCCAUUGACAUGUGGAGCGCGGGAUGUAUAUUUGCCGAAUUGGCGAAUGCCGGUAGACCACUCUUUCCUGGAUCGGAUGUGGAUGACCAAUUGAAAAGAAUAUUCAAAAUGUUGGGCACACCGACCGAGGAAACCUGGCCAGAUUUAACAACACUUCCCGAUUAUAAGCCUUUCCCACAAUACCAUCCCACACAAGGACUGUCACAGGUUACACCCAAGCUCACUUCAAGAGGCAAAGACUUACUCCAGAGAUUAUUAGUGUGUAAUCCGGCUCUACGAUUGUCGGCGGAGGAAGCGAUGGCGCAUCCAUACUUCAACGACUUGAACCCUGCCAUAAAGAAUGACCGAUGCCAAUAGCGAAUCAUCCCUCUUAAUUUAGAUCGAUCGAAAACAUUAGCAUGCGUAUAUGAUGCGCAGCGACCAAAAAAUGAAGGCG